GUCCGCGCUCUGGACUCCUCGUCUCAGGAUUACCUCCGACCUGGUGAGCCGGAUGCGAUAGAUAGCAGCCCCCAGGUCCUCCCUUGACCACCCCCAACCAUGGCUGCUGUAGAUCCCUUGCCUGCAGAUGGCCCAUCCGUCACCCUAACCAUCCGACUCAUCAUGCAGGGAAAGGAAGUUGGAAGCAUCAUCGGGAAGAAAGGAGAUAAUAUUAAAAAGUUCAGAGAAGAGAGUGGCGCCAAAAUAAAUAUAUCCGAUGGGUCCUGUCCCGAGCGAAUAGUUACAGUAACCGGGUGCACAGAUGCCAUCCUAAAGGCAUUUUCCCUCAUUGCGAGGAAGUUUGAAGAGGAUCUUCAAAAUACCACAGCUGGAAUCAAUGUUCCAAAACCUCCAGUCACUUUACGGCUCAUCGUCCCUGCUAGUCAAUGUGGUUCUCUAAUAGGAAAGGGUGGCUCAAAAAUCAAAGAAAUAAGAGAGGUCACUGGUGCCUCUAUUCAGGUGGCUAGUGAAAUGUUGCCAAAUUCGACGGAACGAGCUGUCACACUUUCAGGAACGGCAGAAGCCAUCAGUAAAUGCAUCUAUCAGAUAUGCUGCGUUAUGAUGGAAUCUCCCCCGAAAGGAGCGACAAUACCUUACCGUCCAAAGCCAGCCAUGCCCCCUGUCAUCUUUGCCGGAGGUCAAGCAUAUACUGUGCAAGGGCAAUAUGCAAUUCCACAUCCUGAUUGUCAAGGUGUGGAGCUUAUGAAUCCACAGCUGACUAAGCUCCACCAGUUGGCUUUGCAGCACGCUCCAUUGCUACCUGGGCAUAGUGUAGGAACACUAAGCCCACAAGGAUCACUCUGCAUCCCUGCUCUAGCCACUUUGGCAGCCACCAAUAGCCUAAGACCAGGAACAGCAGCCACCGCUUUGGCUAGCGUCACCACUACCACAACAGAAAUGAACAUCCCUAACGAUUUGAUAGGGUGUGUCAUUGGCAAAGGAGGGGCCAAGAUCAAUGAAAUUAGACAACUUUCAGGGGCGACCAUCAAAAUAUCAAAUUCCGAAGAAGGAUCGAAAGACAGGACUGUCGCGAUUUCGGGAACCCCAGAGGCUAUUAAUCUCGCCCAAUACCUCAUCAAUACCAGUAUUCACAGUGCUCAGUUGCCACUGCUGUGGAAGAACGUGCCAACUGCCCCUCUCAAAUAAUCCGCUCUCUUUCUCCAUUUAUUGCACCUUAGUCUUGUCAGUUUCUGCUUCUCUUUUAGAUUAGUGUUUCCUCAACUCCUUGGAAGACCUCCUAUUCUCCCUCCUUGGUAAAGAGUCCAGCACCUGAUUACUCGAAACUCCUGACGUCAAUCCCGCUACCUGUAUCUGGCAAUAAGAAUUCAUCCCUAGGCUCCUGACAGGAAAUCCUUUCUGCAUCGACUAACGGACUUUUUGGACAAUCGAAACUUUUAUUUACUAUUUAUGCUUAUAUAUACAUACAUAUAUAUACAUAUAUAUAUAUACAUACAAACAAAGAACCAAAAGCUAUUUAAGCCUAACGGAAACAUAUCAAGCCUGUUUUCAGGGUAAAAUUGUAAAAAGCUAAAAAAAAGAAAUUGUAUCUGUUAAACAGAGUUUUACAAAGUUGCUAGGAACUAAGUGCCUGCUACCGAGGGUGGAAGUCAGUGUAGGCAACUCGAUCCCAUUACAGCAACAUAUCCUCUUUCCCAUUAUCAAAUUGGACUGAAAAUGUAACAUCCUUUCUUUUUUUUCAUCACUGAAUUCCAAACUUAAAAGUGCCAAAAUAAAUAUGUACUGUUUCAGUCUUUUCAUCGAUCCGUUUCAAAAGCGUGGUUUCGUUAGUUGACGUCCUUUAUUAAAUACCGCGUUCCGUGAAAUGUUAACAGUGUAAAAACACUAAUUAACCUGAUAUGUCAGGAUUAUCUCAAGCAAAUUGAUAAGUCAGCAAUAUUCCCUGGUGUGUAGGUUUUUCGUUCGUGUUGAGAGCAUUACCUAGAUCUAUAUGUGUCAUAAAUGAUCUCCGAGAACUGUUUGUAAGUGUGUUUACUUUUAUGUGGCUAUUUGUUCAUUAUUCUUCAUCUCCAAGGCUAGUUAAUAAGAAGAAGCACUUUCCAUCUUUGAUGCUGGAUUGCCAAAUAGUUGUUCUAUAUUGAACCGUUAGUUGACACCUGAAGUGCAACUUUCGCAUGAGAAUGAAGCCCCUUUAACAGUAGCCAUAGUGUGAAGGAAAGAGUUGCUUACGCCCAUGCUGAUGAAGAAAAAAAAAAAGAAAAAUGAUUCAAGUACAAAAUCAAGACAGGUGGAAGGAGAACCGGAGUUCUCCGUUACAUAUCACAUUUUUUGAGACAUUGUAUAUGCACUAUUUCUAGAUGUAGUUGUUAUUGUAUAUUUACAAACGCAUCAGCCGGGCAUUAGGCCUCAGAGUUCCGUAGUGUUGUCGUACUGCAUCGAUAACCAAUCUUGUUGUCUAAUUCCAAUUGGAAGAACGGAAAAUGAUUUGUGCCGCCAACUUGAAAUCUAAUCAAAAAAGGACUAAAAAUGAGGACACUCGUUUUUCGGACUACGUUAGUUACACAAGAGCUGCACGCUGUUAUUUAUGAAAAGCCCGACUUCCUCCUCGGAAAUUGCUGUUUGGUCAGUAAUCAAAAUUUAAUUAAUAUGCAAUUGUAAGCAACUUUGGUUUCUGAUGAUUUAAUAUGUAUUUCAUCAAAUACACAAUUACAAAGUACAAUGAAAGACUCUGCCUAUUAUCUCACAUGUGCCAAAGAAGGAGAGAGAAAAAAUGCGGGUGAAUUGCACGAAAUGAAAGAUCUCCUAAUUGAUUUUAACAACAUCUUGGGAACAGUUUGCAGCUCCUAAUUUAAAAUUUCCUUCUUGAUUUUAAUAAAAAUAGUCUUCCAAAUGAAGAAAUGAGAUCUAAAUUUCAGCAAUUUGAAAUGCCAAAAGACGAAACAUAUCACCGAAACAGUUUUUCCCAUUGCUGUCUCUUUAUUGGAAACUUUCUCUUUAUGCACCUAGAUUAUGAAAGUUUUGGUAAAUCAGCCAGAAAACGGGCGGGUGCCAUCAGCUCUGCUAAGCACUGAUUCCGAAAAAAGGGUAUUUUGUACCGAAUAAAAUUGUACGUGAGUACAGAAAUGGGACCAAUUCAUCUUUCGUACUCAUUUUCAGAAAGGGAAUUCGCAACCGAUAAAAGUAGCCUCUAGCGGUUUUCUCAAAAAUAAUUUUCUAGCACUUGAAUUCGCUUCCCAUUUUAUUCCUUUAACAGAAAAUUUCGUUCAGAACAACUGUGCAAUGGUCCCUUAAUAGAGUUAAAUUAGAUAAGAAGAGUUUUUGGCGCCCAAUCGUUGCUUUCCAGUUUAAGCACCUGUGUUUAAUGCUUCGUAGUUUAGUCACCAUUAUUCUGUAAGUGUACACCGGACAAUCUUUUCGAUCUCUCAAGCACUUCUUUCACGUUUUUUCCUGGAUUGAUGACUCAAUUAUUAACGAGCUUAUGAGUGUCAAUAUUUUCGGGGCUCACGAGUCUAAUUUAUUUUGUUGACUAACGGAGAAAGUUCUUUCUACGUUUCAAAUUGUUACAAGUGUGGUUUUACAAAAAGCAAUACACAGUGCUUUGAAAAUUGAUGUGGCUUUAAUUUAUAGUGAUUUGUUGUAUUGCGUGUCGUUGAUUUUUUAGUAUUUGACUGCGGCAGCAAGACAAAAAUAAUUGGAUGCUCAGUUUUGAUGGCGACGUUUGUUAUUGCUACUAUGGAAUUAUUUACACGUAUUGUAAAAUAUAUAUGAGUGUUAUUGUAUUGACAAAAAAACAGCUGGAUUUCUAUGCAAUUAUCUGUAGUAAUAAGCUGUUUCACUGAGUUUUUAAGAGAUAUUUGAUACAUAUUUUUUCCUUAGAUUUAUUAAUUAAAAAAAGAAAAAUCCUUUGACUGUGUCUCAAACAGAGUCAAGUGACCUGACCCCUUUUAAAGAGGCCACAUAUCAAAGAUUAAUUUGAAAGUUAAUUUCCAUCCAAUUGAGGCAUAUCAUUCAAAGGCAAAUCUCCCCUCACAUAUCACAAGUGAGCGAACGAAAACUUCAAAAAGGAGGAGCCUUUAUAAGAUUGACACUUAUUUUACAUAGAUUGCUCUUAGGUAGGUGACAGCAGGGACGGGAGGUUCCUCCUCACAAAUUCAUAUCGCAUGCAAAGAGGCGAAAUGAUCUGUCUGUUCAUUUUUUAGUCUCAUGAACCAUAUCAUAUUCCACUUUGACAUUUUUUACUUAACACUCUCGUCAAAUGUUUAGAAGUGAGUGUAAAACGUGUUGAGAUUUUUGUGUUUCUUACAUUAUUCCAUUUCGACACUUGUAUGUCUUGUGAAGCAGAGAAAAUAAUAAGCUUCGAGUCAAAUUAUUUCUGGUUAGCACAAUUACUCUAUGGCGAUAAUGAGCACAACUACUCUACGUGUAAACUAAACAGUAUUGCUAAUUUUUCGAUGACUGUACAGGAAUGCUCCGUAUUCUGUAUGGUACCUAAUAAUAAAACUGUUGUGAAGUUUU